AUGAGAUAUUCAUUGAUGAAAAUACUGCUCGUCCUAGUGUUGGGUUUGAUCACCCGAUGCCAGUCGUAUAGUCACCUAAAAUAUCUGUUACCAAUCAUCAAAAAAGGUGCGGUGGCCGCUGCAGGUCUGGCCAGUAUAGGAUUGGGAGGCAAGAAAAUAGUACCCAUACCUAUUCCUAUACCAAUUGAAUUAUUCCCGCCGCCCAUUAUUGGUCCUCCAAAACCACCACCAUUUCUACCGCCACAACCUGUGGUAAUAGGUGUGGGCAAAGGUUACGGAAGAUUGCUUGGUCCGGGAGGUUUUACUGGAGUUGGUCCUGGUGGUCCCGGCACUUAUUACAGUGGUGCCAGUGGAUGGGGCGGUGCAUUGGGCGCACCAUUUGGUGGCGGUUUGGGUGGAGGUUUUGGUGGAGGUUUCGGUGGCGGUUUUGGUGGGGGUGGCGGUUUUGGUUAUGGCUAA